AUGUCGGCCUCCUCUCAAGAGGAAGACAAGAUUCAGAAGGAGCUCCCUCGGGAGCUCCCCAAUGAAUAUGAGGAAGACCAUGAAAUUACCUAUGAACCUAUUAACUUGAUCGAGCCCGAAGAAGUUGAUACUCUUACACGUAUUGCUACUCAGCAGUCUCGACGCCAAUCAACAGCUCAAGCUCACCGUCUUGCCUCUGUCGCCGAACAUGAUCCCUUGCUGGACCCUCAAUCUGGAAAGUUUGACCUGAAGAAAUGGAUUGUCGCUGCCAUGCAAGAUGUUGGCCGCGAGCGCGAGCGCGGCCAGAAGAUGGGAGUUGUGUUCAAAGAUCUCAAUAUUUAUGGAUCUGGCUCGGAGCUGCAGUUUCAAUCGACAGUGUCGUCUAUGCUCACGGCGCCCCUCCGUAUUGGAGAGGCAUUCCGGAAGACUCCUAGCAAGCGCAUUCUGAAGAAUUUCAAUGGUUUGCUCAAGGGUGGAGAGCUAUUGCUUGUCCUGGGAAGACCUGGAGCGGGCUGCAGUACCAUGCUGAAGUCCAUUUGUGGAGAAAUGCAUGGUCUUGAUAUGAGCGAGGAAAGCGUUAUCCACUACAAUGGUAUUACUCAACGUCGAAUGGUCAAGGAGUUCAAGGGUGAAGUGGUCUAUAACCAGGAGGUUGAUCGCCAUUUCCCUCACCUCACCGUUGGCCAGACCCUGGAGCAUGCAGCAGCAACGCGAACCCCGGCUCAUCGAUUCGAGGGCAUGAGCCGCGCCGAAUUCGCGAAGUACAUGGCACAAAUUGUGAUGGCAGUAUUUGGACUCAGCCACACUUACAACACUCGCGUGGGAGAUGACUUUAUUCGUGGUGUCUCGGGUGGAGAGCGAAAGCGUGUCAGUAUUGCUGAGAUGGCACUUUCGGCAGCUCCGUUAGCAGCCUGGGAUAACUCUACCCGUGGAUUGGACUCUGCCACUGCAUUACGGUUUGUUGAGUCUCUUCGCUUACUCUCGGACUUGACUGGUUCUGCUCAUGCUGUAGCGGCUUACCAAGCCAGUCAAAGCAUCUACGACCGCUUUGAUAAAGUCAUCGUUCUCUAUGGAGGUCACCAGGUAUUCUUUGGGCCUGCAAGUGCUGCGAAGCAAUACUUCGAAAACCAAGGCUGGCAUUGCCCUCCCAGACAAACUACUGGAGACUUUUUGACUUCAAUCACCAAUCCUUCAGAGCGUCAGGCCAAACCUGGCAUGGAGUCUCAGGUUCCCCGAACCCCGGAAGACUUUGAGGCCGCAUGGAUCAAGUCACCUGAAUACAAGCGGCUCCAGGAUGACAUUGCCGCUUACGAAGAGCAGUUCCCCGUGAGUGAUGAUGCUGCUGCUGUCAUCGAAUUCCAAGAAAAGAAGCGUGAACAUCAAGCCAAGCACACCCGGCCUAAGUCUCCAUACAUCAUCAGUGUUCCCAUGCAAAUCAAAUUGAACACGAAGCGUGCUUACCAGAGAUUGUGGAAUGAUGCUGCAUCGACUGUGUCGACUGUGAUCAGUCAAAUUAUCAUGGCACUUAUCAUUGGAUCUGUUUUCUACAAUGCUCCCGACAGUACUGCGGGCUUUACUUCCAAAGGCGCAGCACUGUUCUUCGCGGUUCUUCUCAACGCACUGACGGCCAUGUCUGAAAUCAACAGUUUAUACGCACAACGACCAAUCAUCGAAAAACACAACUCGUACGCCUUUUAUCACCCGUUUACGGAAGCGAUUGCUGGUGUUAUCGCAGAUAUACCGGUCAAAUUUGCACUUGCGGUCUGUUUCAAUAUUAUCCUCUACUUCCUUGUAGGUCUGCAACGAAAGGCAGGGAACUUCUUCCUGUAUUUCUUGAUCACCUUUAUGAUUACCUUCGUUAUGAGCGCUGUCUUCCGAACUCUGGCAGCUAUCACGAAAACGGUCUCUCAGGCGAUGGGUCUAGCAGGUGUCAUGAUUCUGGCUCUCGUCGUCUACACAGGUUUUGUCUUACCGGUUCCAUCAAUGCACCCCUGGUUCGAGUGGAUUCAUUAUCUCAAUCCAAUCUACUACGCAUUCGAGAUCUUGAUCGCGAAUGAGUUCCAUGGAACCACAGCUGGAUCCGUGGCCGGUGACUUGACCGUCAAUGGUGAUCGUUACAUCUACCUGAAUUAUCGAUACUCCUUCUCCCAUGUUUGGAGAAACUUUGGAAUCCUCUGUGCCUUCUUGGUUGGCUUUAUGGCAAUCUACUUCAUCGCUUGUGAGCUGAACUCAUCCACUACAAGCACCGCCGAGGCAUUGGUCUUCCGUCGUGGUCAUGAGCCUGCCUACCUGCGUCGGGGAUUCAAUAAGAAUAGUUCGGAUGUCGAGACUGUGGAGGAGAAGCCCGUGGAACAGGCUACCUCGGAAGGAGAGGGCGAGCAUGGCAUGGGAUCUAUCCAGCCUCAAACUGAUAUCUUUACCUGGCGUGAUGUGUGCUACGAUAUCGAGAUCAAGGGCGAACCCCGCAGACUUUUGGAUCAUGUGGCUGGCUGGGUUAAACCAGGAACACUAACUGCUCUUAUGGGUGUUAGUGGAGCUGGUAAGACAACUCUUCUGGAUGUACUGGCCCACCGUACCUCUGUUGGUGUUGUUACUGGUGAUAUGCUUGUUAAUGGACGUGGUCUGGAUGCAAGUUUCCAACGCAAGACUGGCUAUGUUCAGCAGCAAGAUCUUCAUCUUGAGACUGCUACCGUGCGUGAGUCUUUGCGAUUCAGUGCUAUGUUGCGCCAACCUGCCAGUGUCUCGAUCAAGGAGAAAUACGACUACGUCGAGGAUGUCAUCCGUAUGCUUCAAAUGGAAGAGUUCGCCGAGGCUAUCGUUGGUGUUCCUGGUGAAGGUUUGAAUGUUGAGCAGCGUAAGCUCCUGACUAUCGGUGUCGAGUUGGCAGCAAAACCCAAGCUUCUUCUUUUCCUUGAUGAGCCCACUAGUGGCCUCGACUCUCAAAGCUCCUGGUCUAUCGUUUCUUUCCUUCGUCGUCUUUCCGAGCACGGCCAAGCUGUUCUUUGCACUAUUCACCAGCCUAGCGCUAUCCUCUUCCAGGAAUUCGAUCAACUUCUGUUCCUCGCACGAGGUGGAAAGACCGUUUACUUCGGACCGAUCGGAGAACAAUCGCGAACUCUUCUGGACUACUUCGAGUCUCACGGUGCCCGCGAGUGUGGAGACAGUGAGAACCCUGCCGAGUACAUGCUUGAUGUCGUCAACGCUGGAUGUAAUCCCCAGGGUGAGAACUGGUUCGAUGUUUGGAAAGCAAGCAAGGAAAUCCAGCAAGUCCAGACUGAGCUCGAUCGCAUCCACAAAGAUCAGCAAGAGAAGGUUCCAGUCGAUAGUUCCACUGAAGGCCUUACUGAAUUCGCCAUGCCUUUCUGGUUCCAGCUGUACCAGGUCACCUAUCGAGUAUUUCAACAGUACUGGCGUUUACCUUCUUACAUCGUCUCGAAGUGGGGACUGGGUAUCGCGGCUGGUUUGUUCAUUGGUUUCUCCUUCUACCAGGCUAAGACGUCACUCCAGGGAAUGCAGACGAUUAUUUACUCUGUGUUCAUGUUGUGUACUAUCUUUACUUCCUUGGUUCAACAGUUAAUGCCACUCUUCGUCUCUCAACGAUCGCUUUACGAGGUCCGUGAGCGUCCCAGCAAGGCUUACUCCUGGAAAGCAUUCUUGAUCGCUCAAGUCAUCGUGGAGGUCCCAUACAUGGUCAUCACCGGUAUAAUUAUCUUCGGCUGCUACUUCUACGCUGUGGUUGGAAUUCCAAGCUCCGCGACUCAGGGCACCGUCCUCGUCCUCUGUAUUCAAUUCUUUAUUUACGCUGGCACAUUCGGACAAAUGGCUAUUGCCGCUCUCCCGGAUGCUCAGACCGCUAGCGCGAUUGUCGUGCUGCUCUUUGCCAUGUCACUUACCUUCUGUGGUGUCAUGCAACCUCCAUCCGACAUGCCCGGCUUUUGGAUUUUCAUGUACCGUGUCUCGCCCUUCACGUACUGGACUGGUGCAAUGGCCAGUACACAGGUCCACGGACGCGAGGUUGUUUGCUCCAGCGACGAACUGUCUAUCUUCAACCCUCCCUCUGGUCAGACAUGCUGGGAAUAUCUGCAAAAGUAUGCCACCGAAGCUGGUGGCCAAGUACUAAACAAGAACGCAACUUCGAGUUGUGAGUACUGCUCCGUCACUGUUGCGGAUCAGUAUAUCGCUGGUUCUGGUAUCUACUACAGCCAAAGAUGGAGAAACUUUGGUAUUGUCUGGGCUUACAUCGCAUUCAAUAUUUUCAUUGCGGUUAUGACUUAUUACCUUUUCCGAGUCAAGCGCUGGAACACAGAAGGGAUUAAGCAAAAGUUCGCUCGCUUCUCUUCUAAGAAGAAUUAA